UCCUGGUGCAGAUGGAGCUCCUGGCAGCGGCCAAUCAGGGCUCAGUGAUCAGCUGACUAGCAUUGGACUUACCCCAGGGGCAGGAGGAAGUCAGUGUCAGUCGGACAGAAGAGGCAGUGCAGAGGGUUGUGCUGGUGAUGGGGGGUGAUGAGGGUGGAGUGCAUUGAGAGGGGCCCUGCUAUAACACAUACAGAGGUAUUGCAAUACUGUUGUUUCAGAUUAUUCAAUCAGAAGUCGUGGAGGAAUCAUUAGAAGACUUACUCUGUUUGACUUUGUGGAGUUGUGGGAUCUCUGUGCAAGUGUUAAAAUGGCUUGGAUAAACAUUGUUGUGUUAACUACUUGUCACCUUGUGAUUGGGCUUCUCUCCAGUUCUUUAACCGAGUCCUCAGCUCCAACUAAUGAAUGCCCCCAACUCUGUGUUUGUGAAAUUCGACCAUGGUUUACUCCACAGUCCACUUACCGUGAAGCCACAACUGUGGACUGCAAUGACCUUCGCUUGACCCGGAUUCCAGAAAAUCUUUCUGCAGAUACCCAGGUGCUUUUACUUCAAAGCAACAAUAUAGCAAGGACUACUGGAGAGCUUCAGAGGCUUGUGAAUCUUACAGAACUCGACCUGUCUCAGAAUAACUUCACCUCCAUCCAGGAUGUUGGGCUGUCCAAUCUUAGCCACCUUACAACUUUGCACUUGGAGGAAAACCAAGUGUUUGAGAUGACUGAUUAUUGUCUACAGGACCUGAGCAACCUGCAAGAGCUUUAUAUAAAUCACAACCAGCUCAGCUCCAUCUCACCUAGUGCCUUCUCUGGGCUUCACAAUUUGCUCAGGCUACACCUUAACUCAAACAAGCUACGAAUUAUUGACAGCCGCUGGUUUGAAUCCACUCCUAACUUAGAGAUCCUUAUGAUUGGAGAGAACCCUGUAAUUGGCAUAUUGGACUUAAAUUUCCAACCUCUUGGUAACCUACGAAGUCUGGUGCUGGCUGGUAUGUACCUAAGUGACAUUCCAGGGAAUGCCCUUCUUGGUCUGGAUAACCUAGAGAGCCUUUCAUUUUAUGACAACAAGUUAGGUCAAGUUCCUCAGCUGGCUCUACAAAAAGUGCCAAACCUCAAGUUCUUGGACCUCAAUAAGAACCCGAUCCGAAAGGUUCAGGAAGGUGACUUCAAAAACAUGCUGCGCUUAAAAGAGCUGGGAAUCAACAACAUGGCAGAGCUAGUGUCUCUGGAUCGCUAUGCAUUGGACAAUCUUCCUGAGCUGACCAAGCUGGAAGCUACUAAUAACCCCAAACUCUCUUAUAUCCACCGAUCUGCCUUUCGCAAUGUGCCUACGCUAGAGAGUUUAAUGCUAAACAAUAAUGCACUCAAUUCUGUGUAUCGCGGGACUGUUGAGUCUCUUCCCAACUUAAGAGAAAUCAGUGUACACACCAACCCACUUCGCUGUGACUGUGUUCUACACUGGAUGGGUUCAAACCAAACUAACAUUCGUUUCAUGGAGCCACUUUCCAUGUUCUGUGCACUUCCCCCAGAAUAUCGUGGACAACCGGUGAAGGAGGCACUGGCCCAAGACCCUGCAGGGGAACAAUGUCUUCCUAUGAUUUCUCAAGAUACAUUCCCCAGCCAUCUAAACCUAGACCUCGGAAUGACUGUUUCUCUUGACUGUCGGGCAAUGGCAGAGCCAGAACCGGAAAUCUACUGGGUGACUCCAUUAGGGCAUAAGGUCACCAAGGAAACUCUCUCUGACAAGUACCACCUAAGUGAUGAGGGUACAUUGCAAAUUUCCAGUGUGCAAGUCGAAGAUUCUGGGCGUUAUACAUGUGUGGCACAAAAUUCGGAAGGGGCAGACACCAGGGUAGCCACACUUAGAGUAAAUGGAACAUUAUUAGAUGGAACCCAGGCCCUUAGAUUGUAUGUACAACAGACUGAAUCCAGCUCAGUCUUGGUAUCCUGGAAGGUGAGCUCUAGUGUUUUAGCUUCAAACCUGAAGUGGUCUUCGGCCACUAUGAAGAUCGAUAACCCACACAUCACUUACACAGCCCGUGUCCCAGCUGACGUUCAUGAAUACAACUUGACCCAUCUCCAGCCAGCCACAGAAUAUGAAGUGUGCCUGACUGUGUCAGGCCUACAUCAGCAAGCUCAGCGUGCCUGCAUCAAUGUCACCACCAAGGGCACGACCUACUCUUUGACUGUUACUGACCAGGAAACAAGUGCUGCCUUGGCUGCUGUAAUGGGUUCACUCUUCGCCCUUAUUAGUUUUGCCUCUGUGUCUGUUUAUGCAGCCAAAAGGUUCCAGAGGAAAAACUAUCGCCAUUCUUUGAAGAAGUAUAUGCAAAAAACAUCAUCUAUUCCACUGAAUGAACUUUAUCCACCCCUCAUCAGCCUGUGGGAAGGAGACAAUGAGAAGGACAAGGAAGGGGCAGUAGAAGCUAAAGCUUCCCAAGUGGACACCUCACGGAGCUAUUACAUGUGGUAACACUAUAUAGAUACAAACUAACAGAGCACAAAGACUGUUAAGAACCCCUCACAUUUUCUCCUGUAUUCUUUCCCUUGAACAGUUUGCUUCUUUUUCUCUUUACCUGGAUGGAAAUGAAGAUACGCUAUGGAAAAAUCACUGCAGCUUUCUAAUAUUUUGGUUGAGCAGUGUACGUGCUACGGGAAGAGAAUGUCCAGGAUGUACUACAGGAAGAGAAAGUGCAACUUUGCUGUUUUGGCAACAGAGUGACCGUUCAGACUUUAUUAUUUUGGGUUUCUAUAGUAUAGCAGAUCGCAGCUUUAUUUGGGGUGAUUUUUCUCUCUCUCUUUAUUUUCUCUAGUUACCUGAAAGUUUUUUUUUUUUUUUAUUAUUUUAUUUUAAAAGGGCUACUUUUAUUGACAAAGCAGCCUUGUAGUGUGAAUGCUUGUUGCAUUGGCUCGGGUAGAUCUACAAUGUAAGGACCCAGCACGCCUGACACUCCUAGGGCCAAACAAGUGAACUGACUGUAUCGUUGUAUCAACUACUUCUCUGGAAUUUUUGAACUGAUGGGGAACAGAAGCCUGACCCUCUUUUGUAGUAAAAUAAAUAUAAAGCUUCCUAGUAAAGCUGUGUUAGCAAUACUCUCUGCCUGGUGGUGUUCUAUGAGGGGUGUUCCCUGUAGAACUGCGUAUCACCCCAUUGAUCACUGGAUUAUGUGUGAGUAAUGAGUGGCUGCUUAUGAAGACCUCAUUUCCAGUCAACUUUUAGAGUAUCUUAUGUUGAUUUUUUUGUCAUGAUAGCAUAAUAUGGUGCAUAGAGACCUCAGGAAGAGAUCACCUAUCACCUUGACAUCAGACUCCACUAAUGCCGCAUGUCAGUGCCUCAGCUUCCCACCCAAUAACCACAUUACUUUUUCUGCAUGUCACCCACCUCGUUAAAGCACAAUCUCAGCCAAUCCUGCUGAUAAUGAAAACAUUUUAGGAAGUAGUGUAUGUCUCACCCAGCUCAGAAUGAAAUCUAAUACAGAGUGUUAAUAGAGGACAUAGUGUCACUUUAUUCUGUACAAAAUGUUGUUUUCUAUAUCAGAAUAAACCCUGUUUUUUCACAC